GAGGGUGAUUUUCUAUGAUUUAUAUAACCCACUUUUUCAAAUAAUUCAAAUUACAAAAAAUAAAAUAAGAAAUGAGUUCAGUUUGAGGAAAUUUCAAAUAUUAUGAAUCGCAAUAAAUUAACUCCUUGUAGAAAAGUAGGUCUAUCAAGAAAAAAAAUUACUUCAUUGAAAACGGUGGAAAGUUUGCUGAGUGAAAACAAAAAUGAGAAUCAAGUAACAAAUACCCCUGAAAUAUUGAAGAAUAUCCCGGAAUCCAAACCAUUUUUAAAAAUUGAAGUCAACAGUGAUACACCUUGUCGACAAGUUGGGUUGUCGCGUAAAAGAAAAACACCAACCUCACUGGUGAGUUCCCAAAAAGAAGUGAAUUUUUGUACUCCAAGUAGAGUUGAGGAAAAGAACAAUCAAGAAUACAAUGAGCGAAAUAGUAAUAUUGGAUCGAGCCAUAUGUCAGUCAAGGAACAAAAUGUGGGAAAUGAAAUUUCAAAUUAUUCUGAGCAAAACAAUAAGACUCAUUUAAGCUGUGCAAAAAAAUUAUCGAGUCUUUUCCCUUCCCCUUCAAGUGCCAAAGAUAAACUAAGCAUUAUAUCAGAUACCGAUUAUGAUAAAGAAAGUGUGGAAAAAAAUCCCAAAAAUAGUGUAUGUAAAUUAGUAAAAUCAAAACCAUUUAGUGAAAACUUGUCAGAUAUUGAGAAUGGAAAUUCUCCUUCUCUUAUUUCUACAGAAAGUGAAAAUAUUGCAGUGAAAACUAAGAAAUUUGUAAAACAGCAUUCUAUGAAAUCUGCUCAAAAAAACCUCUGUGAUAAAAAUCUGAGUGCAGAAUUCAUUUCAGAGAAUUCUUCACAAUUAUCAGUUGAAGAAAACAUUAGUUCUAGAAACAAUACUCAAUUCAUAAAAGUAUGUUAUUUUAACGAAAAAGAAAAUCCGAAUAAAAUUAGAAAACAAAAAUCAGAAGAGAAAGAAACAAAACUUUCUACUCAUCUCUUGGAAGAUGAUGAUUUUGAUAUUAUUCCAAAAAAGAAGAAACCAAAUAGAUUAUUAGAAAGAAGUAAAACUGAAAUCAUCAAGAAGGAAAAAAAAUCUAAUAAGAACAAGUUGAAGAAAUCAUUGUCUGCUGGGGAUAGCAGGUCCAGAACAUUAACAGACAGUUCAAUAAAAAACAAUACAUCUACUUUGGACUUACAGAAUAACUGCUUCGUGAAGUUAGAAAAACUGAAAGAAUCUCAUGAUCAAAGUGAUGAUGACUUCGAAGUUUUAUCUUGCACACCAAAAGAAACCAGAAUAAAAAACUUGGAUACUUUAGAAGAGGAAGUUAAGAAAAAAAGACAAAUUGUGGAAGAAUUAGAAAGAGCCAAGCUGUGCAAGAAAAUGCAUAGUGCAGAAGACUUGAAGAAGUUGACCUCAAUAUGGAAAAAUGGUUGUAUAGAUGCACUUCAAGAUUUGUUGAAGCAACUGAAUAUGCAUUCAUAUAUGGAUAUGGAAAUGUUACUGAAAAAACUGAAUAUUCCUCAAGAUUUUAUUCCAUCGAGCUAACAGAAUCACACAUUCACCAUGUUUUCAUCAUUGUUUGUAUAAGAAAUGGAUAUUUCUUGAUUAUUCAUGAUCUAAGUCCAGUAAACAGUAUUUUAUUCAAA